AAUUGAGUCUAGUUUACUUUCAUGUAUUUAUAUAUAAUAGGCGUUCUUUGGGUAAUGGACAGGAGCAGUCUUGGUUGAUGGGGAAAGGUUUUGUGUCAGCUGAAUGAAUCACCUUAGGUGGUGUGUCAUCAGUAGACAACAAGGUAUAUCAUCGAGGCCUCUGCCCGUCCACUAAUCCUUUCCCACACACCCCCUCCUCUCUCACCUCUUUCUCCCCAGCUUUAGUAUAAUAUCCAGUUUAUCUCAGACACAUUCAUCUGCCCCCCUGAGUGGCGUCUUACAGAUUAACAGUGGAUGGAGUUUAGAGGCAGCAGCCUCACGCUGAUCGCUCAGUCUUUAACCAAGGCCGGAUCUGUACGCUAAGCCCGCUAGACUUUGAAACCUUAAUGGAAGAUGCACGCAGCCUUCUGAGAGGAAGAGUCUAGCGCUGAGGUGUCGCUGAUGAUCUAGUGCUCAGGGGGAGGUUGUGGUGACAGCGGUUUGUUCAGGACAUGCAUAAAGGAUCCUUGGUAUGUUCCUGUACAAAGCCCUUAAACACAGAGAUGAAGAGGAGGACAUCCAGUCCCAGAAACCCUGGAUAGAAAGCACUUUCACCAAGAGGGAAUGUGUGUACAUACUUCCAGUGUCAAAGGACCCCCACAGAUGCCUUCCAGGAUGCCAGAUCUGCCAGCAGCUAGUGCGGUGCUGCUGCGGCCGGCUGGUGCGCCAACAUGCCGGCUUCACUGCAAGCUUGGCCACAAAGUACUCCGAUGUGAAGUUGGGUGAAAACUCCAACCUGCCCGAUCCAGAGGAGUGGUCGGUGGAAAAACACACAGAAGCGAGUCCAACUGAUGCCUAUGGUGUCAUCAACUUCCAGGGAGGGUCUCACUCUUACAGAGCCAAGUAUAUGCGUUUGGCUCACGACACGCGGCCGGAGAGCAUCCUACGGCUGAUGCUAAAGGAGUGGCAUAUGGAGCUCCCCAAGAUCCUCAUUUCUGUCCAUGGAGGAGUUCAGAACUUUGAGCUGCACCCUCGCAUCAAACAGGUGGUGGGAAAGGGUCUCAUCAAAGCUGCAGUCACAACUGGGGCCUGGAUCCUCACCGGAGGCGUCAACACAGGUGUGGCAAAGCAUGUUGGGGAUGCGCUAAAGGAGCACUGCUCAAGAUCAUCAAAGAGAAUCUACACAAUUGGUGUCGCCCCGUGGGGAGUGAUUGAAAACAGGAGCGAUCUCAUUGGCAGAGACAUUAUUGUUCCGUAUCAGACCCUGCUGAAUCCUCUUAGUAAGCUGAACGUUCUGAAUAAUCUUCACUCCCAUUUCCUUCUGGUGGAUGAUGGGACUGUGGGCAGAUAUGGAGCGGAGGUCAAACUGAGGCGGGAGCUGGAGAAACAUGUUAACCUGCAAAGAAUACACGCACGAAUCGGUCAGGGUGUUCCUGUUGUAGCGCUGAUCUUUGAGGGCGGUCCAAACGUGAUCCUGACGGUGUUGGAGUACCUUCAGGAGAGCCCUCCCGUCCCUGUGGUGGUGUGUGAAGGGACCGGCCGAGCUGCUGACAUAUUGGCCUACGUCCACAAGCAAACAGAGGAGGGGGGCGGCCUUCCUGAUGGGGUGGAGACGGACAUCAUUGCAACCAUCAAGAAAACGUUUAACUUCAGCCAGGGGGAAGCCAUUCAUCUCUUUCAGAAACUGAUGGAGUGCAUGAAAAGCAAAGAACUGAUCACAGUGUUUCACAUCAGCUCAGAGGAACACCAGGACAUUGAUGUAGCUAUUCUGAGGGCCUUGCUCCAAGGCACUAAUGCAUCUGCCUUCGAUCAGCUUGUCCUGACUCUGGCCUGGGACCGUGUAGACAUCGCCAAGAACCACGUGUUUGUGUACGGGCAGCAGCUUCUGGUGAGCUCUUUAGAACAAGCCAUGCUGGAUGCUCUCAUCAUGGACCGGGUGGAUUUUGUAAAGCUGCUCAUAGAAAAUGGUGUUAGCAUGCACCGUUUCCUGACAAUCAGUCGCCUAGAGGAGCUCUACAACACGAAACAACCUCCCAACAACCCAACUCUGCUCCACCUAGUUAGAGAUGUUAAACAGAGUAACCUCCCCCCAAACUAUAAAAUUACUUUGAUCGACAUUGGCCUGGUCAUUGAGUUCCUGAUGGGUGGCACUUACAGGUGCAACUACACCAGGAAGCGCUUCCGAAUCAUUUACCACAAUCUUCAUGGUGACAGCCGGAGGUCUGGGCGAUAUGGUGCAGGUCCUGGCUCUCAUCUGAGAAAAAGUCAUGAGACUUUCAGCAUGCAGGCUGACAAGAAGGAGAAGACGAGACACAAUCAGUUCAUCAAGACCGCACAGCCCUACAAACCCAAGCUGCAGCCUACCGCUGAGCAGAACAAGAAAAGAAACAAAGAGGAGAUAGUGGAUAUCGACGACCCAGAGACGCGCCGCUUCUCCUACCCUUUCAAUGAGCUCUUAGUUUGGGCUGUACUGAUGAAGAGACAGAAAAUGUCUCUCUUCUUCUGGCAGCAUGGGGAGGAGAACAUGGCCAAGGCGCUCGUAGCUUGUAAACUCUGCCGCUCGAUGAGCUACGAGGCCAAAAAGAGCGACGUGGUGGACGACACUUCAGAGGAGCUUAAAGAGUACUCAAAUGAGUUUGGGACGCUUGCAGUGGACCUGUUGGAGCAGUCCUUCAGGCAGGAUGAGACCAUGGCCAUGAAGCUGCUGACUUAUGAGCUGAAGAACUGGAGUAACUCCACCUGUUUGAAGCUGGCCGUCUCCUCACAUCUGCGGCCUUUUGUCGCUCACACCUGCACCCAGAUGCUGCUGUCAGACAUGUGGAUGGGUCGGCUGAACAUGCGCAAGAACUCCUGGUACAAGGUGAUUCUUAGUAUCUUGGUGCCUCCUGCCAUAUUGCUUUUGGAGUACAAAUCCAAAGCUGAGAUGGCUCACAUCCCUCAGAGUCAAGACGACCACCAAAUGACCAUGGAGGACAGCGAACACAACUUUCAGAACAUGGCUGACGACAUUCCAAUGGACGUCUUAAAGGAAACCAGAACUCACGAACAUUUGGAGGUGAAAAACGACAUGGAGACACAAGUCCGCUCCAGAAAACUGCCUUUAACAAGGAAGAUCUACGCCUUCUACCACGCUCCUAUUGUCAAGUUCUGGUCCAACACGCUUUUUUACCUGGGCUACUUGAUGCUGUACACUUUCGUAGUCCUAGUGAAAAUGGACAAGCUUCCUUCUCCUCAAGAAUGGGUGGUCAUCCUUUACAUCUUUACCUCUGCAAUUGAGAAGAUUCGAGAGAUGUUUAUGUCGGAGGCAGGCAAAAUAAGCCAGAAAAUAAAGGUGUGGUUCAAUGACUAUUUCAACGUGUCUGAUUUUCUGGCCAUCGUUACGUUCUUUAUCGGAUUUGGGUUGAGGUUUAGUGAAGGCAGCGCCUUCGUCACAGGGAGAACGGUUUACUGCCUCAACAUCAUCUUCUGGUAUGUCCGACUCCUGGACAUCCUGGCUGUGAACCAGCAGGCCGGACCGUAUGUCAUGAUGAUCGCUAAAAUGGUGGCCAACAUGUUUUAUAUCGUAGUUAUAAUGGCUGUUGUCCUACUGAGCUAUGGUGUCCCAAGAAAAGCCAUUCUGUACCCCAACGAGGAGCCCAGCUGGACACUGGCCAAGGAUGUGGUUUUUCAACCAUACUGGAUGAUGUACGGGGAAGUGUAUGCCUAUGAAAUCGAUGUGUGUGCCAAUAACAGUGAAGCAUCAGUACAGGGUCUGUGUUCGGAAACAGUGUGGCUGACGCCCCUCCUGCAAGCAGUCUACCUCUUUGUACAGUAUAUCCUGAUGGUCAACCUCCUUAUUGCCUUCUUUAAUAAUGUAUAUAUCCAAGUGAAGUCCAUUUCCAAUUUGGUGUGGAAGUACCAGCGCUAUCACUUUAUCAUGGCCUACCACGAGAAGCCUGUCCUCCCGCCCCCCUUCAUCCUCCUGUGCCAUAUUUACUCUCUCUUCUGUAUGUGUAGAAAGAGGAAGGAGAGCACCUACGGACCAAAACUGUUUCUCACCGAGGAAGACCAGAAGAAGCUCCAUGAUUUUGAGGAGCAGUGUGUGGAGACAUACUUUCAUGAGAAGGAUGAUCAGUUCCACUCAGGCAACGAGGAGCGUAUUCGUCUUACUUCUGAAAGAGUCGAGACGAUGUGUUUGCAGCUGAAGGAGGUUGGAAACAAGGUGAACUUUAUAAAGCGUUCCUUGCACACAUUGGACUCUCAGAUCGGUCACCUGCAAGACCUUUCUGCUCUGACUGUGGACACCCUAAAGACACUGACGGCUCAGAGGGCGUCUGAGGCCAGUAAGGUCCACACUCAGAUCACCAGGGAGCUCAGCCUGUCUAAGAACGUGGUCCCAAGUGUCGCACAUGUGCCAAUGGACUCUAAAUCGUCAGUAAUAGGCAAACGCAGCGUGGGGGCCUACUUUGGGUCGUCUUUUCCCCAAGCAGGACUCAACAUUGCAGAUUCUCUGUUUGGGAUUGGUGCAGAAGGAGCUGGGAUGGAAAGCCGUCUGAGAUUUGUGCACAGCCAUGGAACUGAGCUGGGGCCGGACCCCGUAACGAAUUCAGGACUAAGUCCAGAGAAAAGGGCCUUAUUCGGUCAAGGACACUUCGCUGCAGAGGCUGGAUCCUCAGGCAGUACAGGCCCCAGUGCCAUGGUCCAAAAUGCUGCGUCGCCUUCCCCUCCAGAGCGCCGUCACCGAGGCCACUCUUUCACCCAGAGUAAGCUGACCCGUCCACAAGAGCUGCGCCUUUCUGACUCGCCAUCCAGCCUUCCUAAUGUGCCCUCCCUUGGAGCCCAGUUUAACAUCAGCAGCACCUCUUCUCAGCCCAGUGGCUCCAGCCAUCCUGGAACUGCCCAGGAUGGGCUUCACCAGCACCCCCCCCAGCCAGACAGCACCGCUGUAGAGUUCGGGGCAUUUGUAGGACAUAAAGAAAGUUUGGAUAUGCAGCAUUCUACACCUAAACAGAGCUCCAGCAGACAGCAAAGCCCGACCCAGCAGCUCAGAUCACAGGUUGAAGGUCACGGUCUCCUCAGGGUGGUUAACUCGUAUGCUGGAUUCACAGAGUUUGACAGAACUCCAGCUUUUCUUCAUCCAGACCCCACUCUGACACAGAAGGACAGGAGCAGAGUUUCAGCUGAGGACAUCCCCAGAGCUGCAGUAUUGGAGAGAGUUCAGGUGAAAUCAGCCCAAGCCAGCUCUCUGAGGCCUCCUGAGGAAGAAACACUAAAUGCUGCUGUUUCUCUAUACACAGCGCGCCACAGCCAUCUGGGACCCAGGAAGGACUCUAUUGGCUCACCGUUCAAACCCAUGGAAAGCUAUCAAUACUCAGCUGUGGAGAGGAACAACUUAAUGAGGCUGUCUCAGAGCAUCCCCUUCACUCCUGUGCCCCCUAGAGGGGAGCCGGUUACAGUGUACCGUCUGGAGGAAAGCUCUCCCAACACCAUCAACAACAGCAUGUCCUCCUGGGCCCAGCGGGGCCUCUGUGCCAAAAUUGAAUUUCUCAGCAAGGAGGAGAUGGGUGGUGGUCUCAGACGAGCUCUUAAGGUCCUCUGUACUUGGUCAGAGUAUGACAUUCUGAAGCCUGGACAUCUCUACAUUGUCAAGUCCUUCCUGCCUGAGGUUGUCCAGACAUGGCAGAGCAUCUACAAAGAGGACACCGUGUUGCAUCUUUGUCUCAGGGAGAUUCAACAACAACGAGCUGCUCAGAAGCUGACAUUUGCCUUCAACCAAAUCAGGCCAAAGACGAUCCCGUACUCACCGAGGUUUUUGGAGGUGUAUUUGCUGUACUGCCAUUCAGCUGGCCAGUGGUUUGCUAUAGAAGAGUGCAUCACCGGUGAGUUCAGGAAGUUCAAUAACAACAACGGGGACGAAAUCGUUCCCACCAACCUCCUGGAGGAAACCAUGCUGGCCUUCAGCCACUGGACCUACGAGUACACCCGUGGAGAACUGCUGGUGCUCGACCUGCAGGGCGUUGGAGAGAUCCUGACCGAUCCAUCUGUUAUUAAAAGUGGGGAGAAAGGAUCAUAUGACAUGAUAUUUGGACCUGCCAACCUCGGAGACGAUGCCAUCAGAAACUUCCGUACUAAACACCACUGCAACUCCUGCUGUCGGAAACUCAAACUUCCAGAUCUAAAGAGGAAUGACUACACACCAGAUAAGGCUACCUUCCCACAGGAUGACUCUCCCAGCUCAGGGGGCGGAGUCAAAGAGUCCCAACAAUCAAUGAAAUUGAUGCUGUGAUCAGUAAAACACUUUGUGGGUGCGUUUGUGUAAAAGGACAUUGCUUUUUUUGUUUUGUUUUUAAUCUAAUUUAAGUAAAGCCAAGGAGCGGGAAAGUGAAGCCACUGAACUGGAAGAAUUGCCGCUGUGUUUUUCAUGCAUGCAGACUGUUGUGUAUUUGUAGGUUCCACCAAGAGGAUAUGGAACAUGUCUGCUUUCUUAAUCUUUUGUUUUUAGACCAGGAGAGGCGAGGAGGGGAAGAGAUUUUUAAAGGCACACCGUGGACUUCUUCCACCUGAAGAGUUGACACAUGUGUUAUUUGAAAUGAUUCCUCGGGCCAAUAUACAGCCAUUGACACGAUCAAUGCUACAAGUAGGGCUCUACUCUUGAAAUGAUGCCUAUGUAAGUUGUGAGAAGAUGCACCGUCGUUGGCCAGGUCAUGUGACCUGGAAAAACGUGUAGCUUUACGGCCACAGGCUCUUAUAUAGUCAUGCAGCUAAGGCUUUAGCUCUACUAUUUUUGUGCCUGCUCGACUACUCGUCACGGCUGAGGCACGGAAAGAGUUUAAACCUGAGGAGGCUAGAAAGAGAAAAUGUGAAAGAGAUCAAGGAAAAACAGGAGUCUGUCUUGGGAAGGAGUUUGUUCGUUGGCGCAGGCUGAAAGAAGAAGCCAGAUG